UGUUCAGUUUUUGGCUGACCAGCAGGCCGCUUGGAGCUUCAAGCAUGAAGACCAUACUUCUGAUAGGUUUCAUUGCGUAUGUGAACGCACAUUUACCUUUAGAAUUGGAUGGAUUGUUGACAAAAAAAUUCUACGUACAUUUGGGCCCUUACGAUGCGGAAGUGAAGAUAGGCAAUCUGUCCAAACGCUACCCCACUUUGGAUGACAAAGAUUUGCAAGCCAGUCGAAAUGCGCGCCAGUUUUUUGAAGAGUCGCGAUCGCUUUUCAAAUAUGGCUUCUACACAUUGCCGCCGCUAGACCCAUACACCAGAGACUACAUGCCAACAUUUGGCUUGAAUGAUGAUAUAAAUAAACUUAAAGGUUAUGUUCAAUUAACGGAUUAUAACGUGACUGGAUUGGUUAAAUUUGUUCAAAAUCUAGUGGAAAUACGACUUAAAACAGGAAGAUUGGAUUACGCAUUGAAUAUACCGCAGCUCCUCGUUGGAGUGAAUUUAAAUGGUCACGUUAUAUGGAAUGAUAGGAUGCCAAUACAAUUUGAAGGACGAUUGAGUUUAGCGCUCCAAGGAAUAACGGUACUGGGAGCCGUACAGACGAAACCUACGCAGCUCAACAAGGAGUGGGUCUUACAGUUGGUAGGUCAGCACGCUCGAGUUCACAUCCACGAUGUAGCGUUUGAAUUCAGAGGGUCCCGUUUUGAUAUAAUGAGACGCUUCGACAAUUCGGUAACAAGUGGAACCGAUUUUGGUGUACUUGGUGACACAUAUAACAACCUAAAGGAUCAUAUAGAUAAUUACGUGGCUAAACUCGUUUUUGACCAAGCUAACGAAAUCUUGAAUGGACCAACAGUGAAACAAAUAUUAGCCUUCCUGUUACCAAAACAUUAGAGAUUAACUCCACAAAUAAAGUUUAAACGGGCCUAUUUGAAUCAAAAGUGUC